UCAAUUGCGGGAUCUAUUAAGCAUCGAACAUGAAGAUAUUGAUGAAUUGAGAAAGAUCAUUAAACAAUUUCGUGAUGAUGAAUUACAACAUUUGGAUACUGCGGUAGACUUGGAUGCAAAGAAGGCACCAUUUUAUGGUCCUUUGACAGCGAUAAUACAUCAUGGUUGCAAGGCAGCGAUUUGGAUAACUGGUAGAUUCUAA